GAGGAAAAAAGCUGCUGGCUGCACUUUGACUGGAAGGGUUUCUCCUUGAAGGGUGUCAUUCGCUUCCCAACGCUCCUACAGUUACUUCCAAAGCAAGAUUGCUUCCCUGGAGACUGGAGUUCAUCCAAGGAUUAGGAACAAGAGGGAAGAGAGAGUGCCUGCUUGUGUACUUGAGAGCAAGCGCUUGAACAGGACUGAACUGUAAGGGACCAAAGAAAAGCAGAGAAGACAGAGAAGCGUGAGUCAGGUGAGAGAGGGGGUUAAAAAAACUGUGAUCUUAAAACCAAGGAAUUUGAUUGAAGUUAAAACAUAUUUAUGAGGCAUCUGUUUUCAGCCAUCCUUCUUUCAGAAUUGUAGUCCUCUUACUUAUUUUUACGGCCUUCAUCCAGACAACAAUCCAGGAGAUCAUGGAAGUGGAAACAUCCAGCCUAAACUUGGAGGAGCAGGAGCGGCACCAGACCCUCACCGAAAUCUCAGACGAUGAAGUCAACCUUCCCCCUUCUGACGACGAAGAAGAUACCGCCGCUGCCAAGGAACGCUCGUCGGUGGCCCUCGCCAUCUCCGAGGGCGAUCAGGAUGAAAAGGAAGGGGAGAAACCAGAUGGCCAAGUGAAUGGCGUCAUGGUCCUGUCGUUGCUGGACAAGAUCAUCGGGGCGGUGGACCAGAUCCAGCAGACUCAGACUGGCCUGGAGGCUCGGCAACAGGACAUGGAGCGUUCGGUGACCGGGAUCCAGGGGGAGCUCACCAAACUGGCCAAGAGCCACAGCACCACGUCCAACUCGGUCAACAAGAUGCUGGAGAAAGUGCGCAAGGUGAGCGUCAACGUGAAGACGGUCCGCGCUAACCUGGAAAAGCAAGGGGGACAGAUCAAGAGGCUGGAGAGCAAUGAGAACGAGCUGCUGAAGAGGCGAAACUUCAAAGUCAUGAUCUACCAGGAUGAGGUGAAACUCUCCUCCAAAUUGAGUGUAUCCAAGUCCCUGAAACUUCCAGAGCUGGUGCAGGAAGGAAGAGGCAGCACGCAGAGCCUCAAGGAAGGAGCCGAGGAGCAUGGAGAGGAGGGAGAAGAGAAGCCCCACUUGGACCUCUCCUCUGAUGAGGAGGAGCUAGCGAUCGAAGAGACCAUCGAGGAGUCACGUGCCGAGCGCAUCAAGCGCAGCAGUCUUCAGCGCGUGCAAAACAUCAAAAGUGCCUUUUCCAAGGAGAAGAUGGCACUGACCAGGGAAAAGAUGGGCUUCCACAAACAGAAGACCAAUAAGGAGAAUGUGGAGAAAGCUCCAAAGCCAAAUGUCAAGGAGAACUUCGACAAGACCAAACAAAACGCCAAAGAAAACUUCAACAAGACCAAACAAAAGACAAAGGAGAACUUAGAGAAGACCAAGCAGAAGACCAAGGAGAACCUGGAGAAGACCAGGCAGAAGACCAAGGAGAACCUGGAGAAGACACGUCAGAACAUUGAGAAAAAGAUGGGCAAGCUUAGCACGCGCAUGAGUGUCAACCCAGAGCACAAGGAGAAAAUAAAAACAUCACGGCAGAAGAUGAUGAAAUCCUUCACCCCUGACCACACCGUCUAUGCGCGUGACAAGACCGCUGUCUACAAAGUGCCUCCCUUCACCUUCCAUGUCAAGAAGUUUCGUGAAGGCGCCAUGGAGCCUGUGGAAAUCCAGGGGACCGAGAUGGUGGAGGUAUCCCAAGACCUGAAUCCUUUUCAGGGGCUGGAGGACGACUGCAAUGAGGGCUGUGUGGAUCUGGAGGAGGAGAGGGAGAUGAUGAAUGGAAGAGGGGAGGAGGUGGGGAUGGAGGAUGAAGAGGAAGACGAAGAGGAUGACAGCCAUUCCCUGCAGGAGAUGGACUCUGAGCAUGUGCUGGUGGAGCGAGAUAGAGACAGUGAUUAGGCGAGGAAGAGGAGCAGUACCAGGAAGGCGAUGGAAACAGCUACAUCCAUUCACAAAAUUCCCCAAAAGCCCCUUGAGGUUCUUGUGUAGAUCAAAAAAGUUUGUCCCUUUCCCUUAUUUCUGUCCAAUCAACUGUUAGGGGCAUGGCUAGGGAUAUAUUUUGGAUUUGAACAAUGAAGAGAAAAAGAAAAGGGAAAAGAUAGACAAUAAACAACAGCACAGGGUUCAGGGGUGGUAAGGAACGGGUUGGUAAGGAAUAGACAAUACAAAUUCAAUUUCUGUUUUUAAGUAAUAAUUUCUGUGUAGGGGUAUGGCCAUUAUCUUUAGAAAGUAACAGUGUAAUAUUUUAUCACCACAGUCCAUAAUCUUGGUUAAACUGAAAAGUUACUUUCACUCACAAUAGAUUUUAAAUAGAAGUUGAUUAAGUGGAAAUUUGUUAUAAUUUGUUUAUUUAAAAAAUGCUUUAGAAACAUGUGACAAAAAGUUAUCAAACAGGCCAUUAUACGAUGGGAAAAUGUUACCCCCUUUGUUCUAUAGAUGAGCACAAAAUUUGCACAAACUCUAACAUAUUUUAAAGGCAAAUAGGGUAGAAGUACAUUUGCCCUGAAAAAAACAUUAUAACACAUCAAAUAUGUUAUGAAUCUGAUGAUAUAUGUAAUCUUAAAUUAAACAGUAUCGGACUGAAUCCAGGAAGUAAGGCAAAAUGGGCAAUUACUUUCUCAUUGUACAACUGAUUGUCAAAUGCCUACAUUUUAAAUAUUCAUAGAUUAACAAACAAUAAACAACAACGUAAGGUAUACAAUGACAAUGAUUCACCAUUGUAACUGAGUAAUAAAAUGACCUGAUUUACGUUUUGAAAGAUUUCGGUCUACACCAAAGUGUUACAUCAUUCUUCUUACAGUGUGUCUAACAAAAAGUCCUUUUCUCAAAUGAAGGUUCAUAACAUCUGCAACAAACAUUUGUUAUGACAUUAUUUGUUAGGACAUUUUUUAUUAUAACGUGUUAUUUGUUAUAACAAUACAAGUUAUGUCAGAUUUGUGGUACAUAACUCAUGCUGUUGGGGAACGUUUUUAGAUAGAGAACAUUCUGAGAAAUAGGGUUGAAAUUACUCUGAAAUAUUGAGUCAUUUCAGCCCUCUGUUUUGAUGUGAAAACAUAUAGGCAGCACAUCUUUACAGAGAUCUUUACAGAGUUCUUUACAGUCUUGGUGGAACAUUUAAGUUGUGCCACCGGUGUGCUAUACAACCAUGUACAAAAGCAAUUAUUUGUUUUAUCAAUGUGGAUUUGAACACGUUUCUUGUAUGUGUUGAGUUGAAGAUCAUACAUAAUCAUACAUAAUUCCUUCUUCAAUUAUUUUUUAUGUCUAGUCUCUUUUGCCACCUAGCUGCCAUUUACGGUAUUACACAGUAGGAAAUUUGCAGUGCUAAGACCAGCCUCCUCUUCUUGCAAAUGAAUAACGACCUACUUAGUCACAGAUGAAGGAGCAAUGCUUCAGUCCCAAUAGGCCAAUACUGAGCACUUGUACUUUCCUACUUUUUAACCUGGUUGAUGUAAGAUUGUCAAAAACAGAAUGUUUAUAUGCUUUCAUUUUUUGUUUACAUGUUCACUUGUUUUGCGCAGAUGUAUAAUUCCCGGGAUUCAAUCUGAUUACGCAUUUUCAUUCUUUUUGUCCUGCAUACCGAUCCAAUCAGAAAUGUACCAUAAAAUGGUGCACCAUUCAAAUAUGUGACAGAAUUUCAUCCUGGCUCAAAUGUGAGCAUGGCAACAAGUUCACUGUCACUGAUUAUUCCAACAGUACAUAAAAGCACAUAUUGUACAUGCACCAUCAUCGCCACUAAUUUUUUUACUUUAUCUUUCAAAUACAUAGAUAGGUGAUUGUUGGAUCUUUUGUUCAGAGCUGAACUAGAAUUUUCCUCCAAACCGUGUCGAAGUGGAAGGCAGUACUUCAGUGUCAGUGAUUUUCCUGGGCUUGUUCAUCAAGGCAUAGAAAAUAAAACAUAAAAAACUAACAUUGCUUCGAAAAUCAGUUUCUUAUUUGACACGUUCAGGUAGUCCUUCAAUGUUAGCGUUUUCUUCUGUUUGGUUCCUAAUGAACGCAGCCCAGGUUAUUAAACCCGGACCUGUUUAUUAUACCUUCAGAAUCAUUUGAAGGUUCCAGUUAUUUUUUUCUACCAUUAAUUUUCAUGUAUGUAAGGCUAAUGAAUGUGAAUCACUGUCAUAGCGGAGAAAAAGAGUGGAUCGGCCUUAUUGUUAAACCAUUGAGCCUUAAUUUACUUUCUGUGUCUCCAUACCCUCUGUUAAAAGACUUGCCUUAAACAACAAACAUUCAUGAAAUAAGUUUUAUAUUUUUGUUCAAAAAGCUUCAAUAGCAAUUACCGACUAUGCUUUAGGUGCAGUUCUAGAACAACUCGGGGGGAAAUCCCACGACUUGAAGGUUUUCUAAGACUUAUUCCUUCAUCUCUUUUUCAUGUUGGCUAAAUAAUGCAUAUUAGGAAUUAUAUACCAUGUAAUGACUCUUUGCCUAACCACUAAUAUUUUAAUAAAAGCUAUUUGAUUCACAA